AUCCGCCAUUGAUUAAUAACGGUUAGACAAAUUCAAAAAACCAGAGAGAGAGAGAGAGGGAGAAAUGCCGAUUCAGAGAAGCGAAGCAAAGACGAAGACUGUUAGGAAGGCAUUGAGAGACGUUUCAAAUAACUAUGGCGGUGGAAGAAGAUGCUCGAAAAUUAUGACCACCACUGUCACGAAGAAGAAAGUGGAGAAAGAACAGUUGCCUGCAAGGGUUCAAGAAGUAGAAAAGGAUGGCAACGACGACGCACUUGAUCGUCUACUUCUCGUUCAAACGGACCUAACCGCUCUUGUCAACCAGAUUGAUGAACUUGUUGUGCAAGCGUUUAAGUUCAAAUCAAAUGGCGAAGAAGGGAGAAAGGAAGUUGAAUCCUUUACACGUGUCUUAUCUGAAAUUGUUUCCUCUUUGAAGCCAUGGGUGCCCAGAUUUCAGAAGGUGAUCUCCACUGGUUCAUUGGAGACUGUGAAUCAAUCAAGAAAUUCUUUAGCAAGCCAGGCUGUUUCUGCUGUUAAUGAAAUUGAAAAUGAAGUCGACAAAAGUCCAGAUAACACAAACGAGAACCUGUUGAUUUCUCCUUCACCUCUUGUGUCUUGGCGUGCUGAUUGUACCAUAGAUAGAGGAAGACAAAUGUUUUUGGUUACCCCACUUCCUUUUUCAAAGUCCAUGUCGUCCAUGUAUCCAGACCCUCCUAAAUCGAGUUUAAAAAAGGUUACUUUGGACACUCCUGUGAAGAUACUGCCCUUAAAUUCUGAAUGCAAAGCUAAAACUCACGAUUUGCAUGAAGAGGUAGAUCUUAAACCAACUCCAGGUAAGAUUACUGAUUUAGUAGAAACUAAGACAAGUAGCACAUUGAAGGGGAGCUCUGAUUCUCCACAAAUGUUAUUGAAAGGCAACUGUGGAGCAGUAGUAAUGACUCCAUGUAUAAAAAGAUCGCCUCCUAAAUCUUGUGUAUUGCUGAAAGCAAUUGCUGAGUCCUCUCAUGCAGGCCGUUUUGAGGCUCGUAAGUCAACCCCUUUUCCUGUUGGACUUAUGAAUUAUAGUGAUUCCGAGUCUUCUUCUGGCAGUGAAGCUUCUGAAGUUCUGGCGUACAAGUAUCCAGAACUCUUGGGUAUACAACACAGUUAUAAAUCAGCAGUCAAAAAGAAAUUUUUAAAAGACUCACCAGAUUGGUUUGGAUCACCUCCGAAAACAUGUGUCUUACUAGAGCCUUGUGAUGAUCAAGUUUUUGAAAAUAAUACUGCUACUGCUGCUGCUACUACUUCUACUAACUGCCCCUUAACAUUGCCACAGACAGGUCAUAUUCUAAAUAACGAAAUGAAUGUGACUACCCAAGGAGUUGAUUCUCAUGAUGUUGGUCAGCAAGCCAAGACAACUCGUCUACAAGAAAAUUUAGGCAGAAACUUUAGCCUUGUUGAAAGCACUCUUACUUGGAUGGAACCUCCUCAAAGCACAAGCAAAAGAGGCAAACAUCCUGGUGAGAACACUUUAAAGAAGGAGCUGUGGACAAAGUUUGAAGCGGCAUCUACUAGUACUGAUAAAUUCUCCCUUAGUGUUCGUGCAACUUCUCGGAAUGGAUUCCUUGAUCUAUUGGAAGAGGCCUCUUUUGAUGGAGAGAGUUAAAAGUUCCAAGUUAAAUUUUGUUUUGCCAUCAAGUUUGCUUAACUUGUUAUGGUUAACAAGUUUGCUUAACUUGUUAUGGUUAACCAUGGGAAUUGUGUGAUAUUCCUGAGAAUCAAUCAGCUUUAUAUCCUAAACGACAUUUUGUAUUAUUAUCAUGGCUACAUGAACUUUUGUAGAGCACUAUUAUUGUACUAUGAAAUUCCAGUGUCAUAAUACAUGACAUAAAUAUGAGAAAUUUACAAAA